GUUCUCAACCACUUGAAGCUCAAACAUACGAUAGUGACGGCGGAAAGACAUUCCUUCCCAUCCCCAAUGACCAAGUACAUGAUUUUUUCUUGGAGGCGCGUGAUUCAAACCUAGAGAAUUCCGGACUCUCUAGUCCACCUAAUCAAAACGCCAGAAUCACUUUAAUUUUGAAUGAUCCUCAAACAUACGAUAAUGGUGAUGGUCAUCAAACUCAUGAUGAAAGGACAUCCGCUACCAUUCCAAAUCCUCAAUCGCAUGAUGGAAGGUCAUCCGCUACCAUUCCAACUCCUCAAUCGCAUGAUGGAAGGUCAUCCGCUACCAUUCCAACUCCUCAAUCGCAUGAUGGAAGGUCAUCCGCUACCAUUCCAAUUCCUCAAUCGCAUGAUGGAAGGCCAUCUAAUUAUUAUGCAAGAAUCCCAUCGAUUUUGAAUGGUCCUCAAACGCAUUCCCUCUCGCAUUACCCCUCUAAUUAUUAUGCAAGAAUCUCAUCAAUUUUGAAUGGUCCUCAAACCCUUCCAUCACUCCAGUGGGUCUUAAAUAAUCCUAAUGAAAGCAAUGAUGAUAUUCUUCCACCUAUUUACAAUAAUCCUACACCUCAACAAAUUCAUUUACGUACCCUCGAGCCUGACCAUGAGCCGGAUGUACCAAAAUUACAAUUUCAGUUGUAAAUAGAAUCUUCAAUCUAGUUCUUCGUAACAUUAUCUUAGAUGCCGCAUUUUUUAUGCCGUGAUCUAAAAAUUUUUCAAAAACAUGUAAAUAAAUCA